AUGUCCCAGUACAUUGGUAAAACCAUCUCGUUGAUCUCCAACAAACAGCUCCGUUAUGUUGGACUUUUGGAGAACAUCAAUGCCGAUGAUGCCACUGUGUCCCUUAAGUCUGUGCGGUCGUUUGGUACUGAAGGCAGAAUGGCCCAGGAAGGUCAGCCCAACUUGGAAGUGAUGCCAGGAACUGAUAUCUACGAGUAUGUGAAGUUCCGUGGCUCCGAUGUCAUGGAUUUGUCCGUAUUAGAUACCCCAAUUGACCAGGUUAAGCCGCAGGUGCCCUCGUACUACCAGCCUCCUGCGUCUACUCAGCAGCCUCCAUCUGGUGUGACUGCUUCACAAGCUCCUGCCACCACUACGGCCGAUGCUGCCUCACCUACAAGCACGUCUGCGGCUCAACCAGCACAAACUGGAGCCGGUGCUACCGUUGCUACGGAAACUGGAGCCGCCAGAUCUGCUGCACCGCAGCCAACCUCCACGACCACCAACACCCAGACGGUCACUGCCACUGCCACUGGAACCGCACCUGAGUCAAAACCUCAGCUGACGCCACAACCUUCGAAGCCCAGAGCGGCUAGAACGUCUGUACCAGCAUCUCAGCCAGGAAGUGCACCUGCCCCAAGUCGUUCCAAGGCAGAAUACGAUACGGCAUUUGAUUUUGAAGAGGCCAACUCCAGGUUUGAGAAGGAGAGACAGGAACACCAACAAGACAAGCCCAUGUACGAUAAAAAGUCUUCAUUCUUUGAUGGAAUCUCGUCGUCGACAGAGCAGAGAAGCUCUAUGAGAUGGAACGAGGAAAAGUCGCUCAAUAUGGACACAUUUGGCCAGAGCUCGGUGGGCAGAGGAAGGGGCAACUUCAGAGGAAGAGGUCGUGGUAGAGGUCGUGGAAGAGGAAGAGGCCGUCAAGAGGCAAAGCCUGAAUGGGCGUAA